UUCCAACUCAAGGACAUUGUCUUGCAGACGUCACUACAGAUCCUACCUUCACUUUUAUUCCUACGAAUUCGAUUCUCGUGCUUCGAACUUCGCAGAUCGCAUAACCUCGCCUUUCCAAACCACACACUCGAGCUACACAAACCGCAAUCAUGGGUGCCCAGGACGUAUUGUCUAGAAAGUCUGGUGUUAUCGUUGGUGAUGAUGUUCUCAAGCUUUUCAACCACGCUCAAGAGCACAAGUAUGCCAUUCCGGCAAUUAACGUUACCUCAUCUUCAACUGUGGUAGCAUCUCUUGAGGCUGCUCGUGAUGCGAAGAGUCCUAUUAUCCUUCAGAUGUCGCAAGGUGGUGCUGCUUACUUCGCUGGAAAGGGUGUGGAUAACAAGGACCAAACCGCCAGUAUCAUCGGGGCAGUAAGCGGAGCAAAUUACAUAAGAUCCGUUGCUGCUGCGUACGGCAUCCCGGUCGUUUUGCACACUGAUCACUGCGCUAAGAAGCUCCUCCCGUGGCUUGAUGGUAUGCUCGAUGCCGACGAGAAGUACUUCAAGGAGCACGGCGAGCCGCUCUUCUCCAGCCAUAUGAUCGAUCUCAGCGAAGAGGAAGUCGACUUCAACAUCCAAACCACUGCCAAGUACCUUAAGCGAGCUGCCCCAAUGAAGCAAUGGCUUGAGAUGGAAAUUGGUAUUACUGGUGGUGAGGAGGACGGUGUUAAUAACGAGGAUGUUGACAACAACUCUCUCUACACCCAACCCGAGGAUAUCCUUGCCAUCUACAAGGCUCUAUCCCCAAUCUCCCCAUACUUCUCCAUCGCUGCCGGUUUCGGUAACGUCCACGGUGUCUACAAGCCAGGAAAUGUCAAGCUUCACCCAGAGCUCCUCGGCAAGCACCAAAAGUAUGUCAAGGAUGCUAUUGGAGCUAAGGAGGACAAGCCAGUCUUCUUGGUCUUCCACGGUGGAUCCGGAUCAACUAAGAAGGAGUACUUGGAUGCCAUCAGCUACGGUGUCGUAAAGGUCAACCUUGAUACUGACUUGCAAUAUGCUUACCUCACCGGUAUUCGUGAUUACGUUCUCAACAAGAAGGACUACAUCAUGAAGCAAGUCGGCAACCCUGAUGGCGAGGACCAGCCAAACAAGAAGUAUUUCGAUCCUCGUGUCUGGGUCCGUGAGGGUGAGAAGACUAUGUCUGCUCGUGUUGCUGAAGGUCUCAAGGACUUCAACACUGCUGGCCAGCUAUAAGCAUCAACUCUGGAUACUUCAUGAUGGCUGUAUUUUCUUUCGGGGAGGUUUGUUAUGGUGGGACCUGGAUGAAGGUACAUAGCCUUGGGAAGUGAUAAGGCGUAGGUUAGAGAAGCCAAAAUGCAAUACCAACUGUGAAGCCUGACCUGAUUUAACCUUUUGAUGAUCUGGGUAAUUUCCGUCUGCUGCUGUUCUUGCAUUCACGUAAGCAUCACUAUAAGACUCCAUAAGAGCGUCGCCAAGA